UGAUUGACUGUUUCCAAGGAGACCACCGAUACUACCGAAAAGCUGGGCUGCUGGUCAGUGCUGUAGGCGCACACUGUCAAGAUGUCAUUUUUAUUCGACUGGAUCUACAGGGGCUUUAGUAGUGUUUUACAGUUCUUGGGCCUGUACAAGAAGUCUGGGAAGCUAGUUUUCCUCGGCCUGGACAAUGCUGGUAAAACAACGCUCCUCCACAUGCUGAAGGAUGACCGACUUGGACAGCAUGUGCCAACGCUGCAUCCAACUUCAGAGGAGCUGACGAUCGGAGGGAUGACGUUCACCACAUUUGAUCUGGGAGGACACGUACAAGCUCGACGAGUCUGGAAGAACUACCUGCCGGCUGUGAACGGAGUCGUCUUUCUGGUGGACUGCGCGGAUCACGACAGACUCACGGAAUCCAAGACUGAACUUGAUGCUCUGCUAGCAGACGAGACCAUCGUCAACGUACCGGUGUUGGUGUUGGGUAAUAAAAUCGACCGCCCUGAAGCCAUCAGUGAAGGAGGGCUGAGAGGAGCUUUUGCUCUCGAUGGUCAAGUUACUGGAAAGGGAAAUGUCUCUUUGAAGGAGAUCAACGUUCGCCCGCUGGAGAUUUUCAUGUGCAGCGUGUUGAAGAAACAAGGCUACGGGGAAGGUUUCAGAUGGUUAUCUCAGUACAUCGACUGACAUGCACAAGUCGAGCUUAACCAGAAGGGAUUUAAUUGACACAUCCUCGUGAAGCAUGACAGAGAGUUUGUCCCUUUGUCAGCGACAGCCAUCCCAAAUUCCAAGUCGUAUUAUUUCGAGUGUAUCCCGUUUAAUCCUUAAAUUCUUCUAUGCAAACUUUUCACAGUGGUUACUGGUGAACUGCCCUAAAUGCGUAAUUACUGCGAGAGCUAAUUGAGUUGCUUGGCAUGUUGAUUAGGUUACAUCACACCUGAUUACAAUACGUGAGCAGCCAGACAUUAUGCAAGAAUGUAGAUGUUUUCGCUUCAGCGUCGCAGUAUUUAUUAUUUAAUAGACCAACAGCUUGAUUGGCGAGCGCGUAAUGAAACGUAAGGACUCGUGGUGAUUGUGUUGAGCCGCUUCAUGCUUGUCUGACAUCAAAUUAAGAUGGCUGAGAUUAGAUUUUAAAACGAUUAAGUAGACAAAUGACUAAAUAGAGGAGAUUAAUUUUACUUCAUUUAAUCUGAAGAUAUGCAGCCUCUGCCUUCAAAGCAUAAAGCCAAAGAUGUAUUCUGACUGCAGGAUUAGGAGAGAGAGAGAGAUUCAACAAAAGACGUCUUCUGUGUCGAGCGCUGAGCCAAAACAACGUCAGAAUCCCCGUUCCUUCAGAAACCCCCCGAAACAGGAGAAAAGACAAACAAAGGCAGAGCCGAUGGAGUCAAAUUAGGCAGCUCACCGAUGACUGCGCCGUGAUUAACGCGCCGCUCGCUGUCGGUGAGAUUUGGCUUGUUUAUUUUUGUUACAAGAACUACAUUAUAAACCAUAAAGUCGAAGGCAGCUAAUCUGAGACGUGUGAGUCGGGCUGAUGGACGUCUUUAUUAUCUUACUGUGGGACGUACAGCGAGGACUUCACAGAUAAAACGUUCAUUCAGAGCUCGGCUCUCCACGACUGUCCUGGCUUUACUGUAUCAUGAGGGCAGUGAUAAUAAAUUACUCUUAAAAUGUCAGGAAGCAAUAAAGCAGAAUAACCAGCUGUGGUGUAGCAGAGACACUCUUACUCCGCUUGAGAGUAGGAAAAAAAAAACACGUAGUUCUGAGUCUUCUUAUGGAAAUCUGCUCAUCUGUUAGUGAUAAUUAAUGUCUGCUUAGCACUGGAUGUGUGUUUAGUUGAACCGAGCGUAGAUUAUUGGCAAUACUUUAAAUAAGAGCCUAAAAUUAAAGGUUAAUUUCUUGUUUGUUCCUUCAUUCCAGAGCCAUAUACUGACAUGUAAUCAGCAUGUACGACUUUACAGCAGGUGAUGUACUUUUUGACUGUCUAACAGACAGGAGAGUGCACCUGCACACUGUAAUAUGCUCAGCUGAAAAAUCAGUGUUCCAGUCUUAUAGUGUUGUUCUGAGUCCACGCAUGCCAACAUGCUUAGAUUUUUACAGUGAGCUGCAUAAACGUGCAUCCUCAUUACGAGGAGCUCGAAAUGCAUAAUCAGGAAGAGAAGCAUGCGACCUUUAUACCUUAUCGACUGUUUCCUGCAUCCCUCGUUCACAGGGUCACAUUUUCAGUAUUCUGUUUGAUAAACGCAGGAAAAAGAAAAACAACAAAAAAACAACUAAGAUAUAUGUGAAAACAGAUUUUAUACAGAGAGGACUUAAGUGUUUAUUGAAAUGUUGUAUGCAUGUAAACAAGCUGCUUUUCCUUUGAACAGUGUUCUGUACUGGUUGCUGAACUCCUGUAAAUUAUGUAUCAUACGGAUGUAAAUGCUUGUACAGUAACUGCCCUGGAGCUGACACUAUAAAGCACUGGAGUUAUUUAUAACUGUCUAUUACUUGAAUUCAUGUUUUCCGCUGUUAUCUGUACAAAUAGAGUUAACGACAACAUCCGCACAGAAAUCCAAGUGAGUCUUUGGUCCAUUUAAUAAGUGGUUGAAAUAAAACAGUCCUUUUAUAGAUCCA